CCUCAUCAGCUGACAGCGCGCGUGACGCACUGUACUGACUUCCUAGCGAACAACGCAAGCGAGCGGAGCAUCAGAGUAAAAGUAUGAGAAUUAACGGGUGUUUUUAAGUUUCGGGGUGGGAUUUCGGGAGAGAUGCCGUCUAAUAAGAGUGUCUCAGAUGCCCCGAUCACACAGUUUGUGAACUGCAGGAUACUGAAGGAUCACAAGCUGCAAUGGGAAGACCUGUGGGUUCGUGAGGGCAAGAUUUUGAACCCGGAGAAGCUGUUCUUCGAUGAGGAGGGUUUUGCGGAUCACAAAGUUGACUGCGAGGAUAAAAUCAUUGCACCUGGAUUCAUAGAUGUACAGAUAAAUGGUGGAUAUGGCAUCGACUUCUCCCAGGCCAGCAGUGACAUCAGAGGAGGCGUGGCUCUGCUGGCCAAAAAGAUUCUAGAACACGGUGUCACUUCCUUCUGCCCGACCCUUGUCACGUCUCCACCAGACAUAUACCAUAAGGUCAUUCCUGAGCUCAAAGUUCAGGAUGGAGGACCUGAAGGGGCAGGAGUUUUAGGUAUUCAUCUGGAGGGGCCGUUCAUCAGUGAAGAGAAGAGAGGCGCUCACCCUCCGAAGUUCCUCCGCACUUUUAAAGCAGGUGGCGUGGCCGACCUGAUGGAGACUUAUGGGCACCUGGACAAUGUCGCCAUGGUAACCCUCGCACCAGAACUAGCCAAUAGCGCGGCAGCAAUCCGUGAACUGUCAGGAAGAGGCAUAGCGGUGUCACUUGGUCACUCUAUGGCUGAUCUCUCUCAGGCUGAAGAGGCUGUGCAGCAUGGAGCCACGUUCAUUACACACUUAUUUAAUGCCAUGUUGCCUUUUCAUCAUCGAGACCCAGGCAUUGUGGGAUUGCUCACAAGUGAUCGUGUUCCACCAGGUCGGACGGUUUACUAUGGUAUGAUCGCAGAUGGGAUACACACACACCCUGCAGCGCUGCGCAUCGCACACAGAGCUCAUCCCGCAGGGUUGGUGUUGGUCACUGAUGCUGUGACGGCGAUGGGUCUUCCUCCCGGUCGACACACACUCGGACAGCAGCAGAUAGACAUCCAGGGGCUUCACGCUUACGUCGCAGGCACUACAACUUUGAGUGGCAGUAUUGCGACCAUGGACAUGUGUGUGAGACACUUCAGAGAGGCAUCAGGUUGUACAGUAGAAGCUGCAUUAGAAGCUGCAUCGCUGCAUCCUGCUCAGCUGCUGGGCAUCAGUCACAGGAAGGGAACGCUGGAGUACGGCACUGAUGCAGAUUUUGUAGUGCUUGAUGACACACUGACACUCAGGGAAACCUACAUUGCUGGACAGCAGGUCUGGAGGAAGUGACAUCAUCUGGAGGACUGUCUUCUGCUGGGAUCCUUAAGAGUUUUUUUGGUUAGAAUUUCUCUCUCUUUGGACUUGGAUCACCAAAAAGACGCAUUACUGUAAAAACAUAUGUGCUAUUCUCAUUAAAUUGAAUUCUAUUGAUUAAUUCCCGAAUAUAAAAAACUACUCCAUAUAUACAAAUACUAUUAUGACACUCUUUAUGCUCAUGUACUGUAGCAGAAUGUAUCUUGGGGUGUUUAAAAAGAGCCAGAAUCAUUUUGAUCACAUACUGUGUGUGUAUGGAUUUCUAACACAAAUCUAACUUGUUCAAAUGUGAAACACAAAAGUAAAAAAAUCUCAAGGGUCCAGUUAUUUCAGUAAUAACCUACAUAAUUCAAUGCCCCCAAUCUAAUGUGAAACUGGACAGUUUAACCAACUGAUUUCAAUGUUUCUAUUCUAUUUUUUUUUAUUUGUUCACAUUUUUAAGGUUUUAUCAUUUUUUCAGGAUAAUAAAAAUGUUUCUUUAUUGAUAAAAAUGUAUUUUUGUGAGUCUGAAUGAGGAAGACGCACAUAUAAUGGAUGUAUUAAUGAUAUCCAACUUACUUGAAUUGAUUAUCUGUUUAAUUAAAUGCAUCUUUAAAAUUCAACAUUCAAAACCCCAACAAUAAAACCUAACAAAGCAUUCAAUUCAUAUGUUUCGACAACACAACUUUAUUAAACAAUAACCUCAAUCUCGCAAUAAAAGCAGCUUCUAUUAAAAAACAUUGCUCAA